AUGUCAGGUGAUGCGCUGGUCUCUGGUGAGGCCGCCCCUAUUGCCUGGCCGGCGAACGAGAACCUCCAGCAGUUCGGCGAGGAGGUGGCACAGUCGCUCCUGCAGGGGGACUUCUGCCUGGCUCAGUCGCUUUUGACCGAUGAAGUCGGGUCAGAAGCCAUGGACUUGGCGAAGAAGAGCCUUCGCUUCAAGCGCCUGGUUAAGGAGCUGGAGCUGUGCUACCUGGGCCGCGAGGCCCGUGGCAAGGUGGCCUGGCUGCCCUCUGACGACCCCCGCAGCGAGGUACAGACGGCCCUGCAGUCUUGUGACCGAGUGCUUUCGAAGGUGACGACGGCACUCUACUGGGAAUGCCCGAAUCUGGGCUUCGUGCCGGAUGGCCGUGCGGAUGGGCUACUGCGCAUGAACUGCAAAAGCCAGAGAGAAGAGGAGGACUUGCUGCGGCAGCAGGAGAAGCUGAGCGCCAAGCAUGUGCAAGAGGGCCGUGUGGAGGACCACAUUGACUUCGUGCAAAGCAGGAAGAUUUGUGCCAUCUUGCAGGUGUCCGGCAGCGCCAAAGUCGCGCUGCACUGCCCCGAUGAGGAGAACACAGCGGAACUCGUGCUGUCGCCGGGGCGACUGUUGAUCUUCCGGCACGAUCGGCUCAGCUUCACCUACACAGGCGAUUCGCCAGACUGGUGUUGCGUUCAAAGUUGGGUCAUCUCCACAGGUCUCAGCGCUGAGCUGCAAGCCGCUGCAGGGAACCUGAACGAGGCGGAUCUGGCGAUGGGCGUCUUCAGCGGUCCCUUGUCGCCCGUGAACCCUUUGACGGGGAAGACGGUCAGCGUGAUGGCCGUGGACUGCAUGCUGGCAGGGAACGGCGUUUCGCCCGAACAGUAUUGGGCCAUGCUCUCGGUGGCGACCGACGGGUGUCGUCACCUCUCCUCUUUGCGUUGGGACUAUGAGCCCUACUUCGAGCCCAACAAGGACUGGGCGCUGGGCAAGUACUACUCCAACCACGGUGGCUUUGUCAUGGAAGAGUACCUCAUGGGCUUCGACGCCACCUUCUUUGGCUUCACCGAGAUGCAGGCCUCCUACAUGGAUCCCAUCCAGCGGAAUUCGCUGGAAGUGGGCUAUUCCGUGCUGUCGAAGGCUGGUUGGAACCGGCGACGCCUGCAGAAUGCCAAGAUUGGCGGUUUGGCUGGAGGGGGCGGCUACGUGGGCCUCCGUCGUCAGCGCGGCGGGGCCCCGAGUCCGCCUGGCAAGAUGGCGCCCACAAGUCCCGGUCGUCGGAUGCGGGAUGAGGUGACGCCCCGCGAGAGCCCUACGGAGGGAGGACAAAUGAGCAUGAGUCCCAGAUCACCUGGAGGAGGGCAGAAGAAGUCCAUCCAGAUCUUUGGGUGCUUGAUCAAUGACACUUAUGAGCCCUUGGAGUACUUGCACCAGAACAAGCCCUGCUGGCGUGCCAGGUCUGAAGCGCCGAUCUACCUGUUCCACACGGGCAAGUCGCGCUGGGUCAUCAGCAAGCGAAUUAAUGAUGGGGCCAGGUGCUAUGCUUACGUCACGGACAAUGGGAGCGACCCCUCCAAGUGCACAGGACCAUGGAUGUGUUGUGAUGAGAACGGAACGUGGAACAAGGACGACGGCAUCCGCUGCGUCUUAACCGUGGCCUCCAACGAUCAGUUUACCCUGCUGCGAAACCAGGUGGAGGCGGAUUUGGCCCAUUAUGGUCUCAUGGAUGAUGAGAGCUUGAAGCAAAUGUGGAGGAAGUUGGACCGCAACGGCGACAACGAGGCCAGUCUCGCGGAAGUGGAAGCAUUGGUGACCCAGAUGUGCGAUGCAAAGAUCUGGCCCAAGUGGAUCAACAACCCAGACUCCAUCAAGAGGGCCUUUGAAAAGGCGGCGGGCCUGGAUGGGGCCAAUGAUGAGGCGGUGGAGAAGGAGGAGUUCCAUGCGUUGCUGUUGGAUCUCUUUUGGUUCGGCCAUCUGCAUGAGAUCUUCGAGCAAUGGGACCAAAGCCACGAUAAUAUGCUCUCCUUGCCGGAGUUCGUCGCUGGGAUGAAGGAGCUGGGCAUCCGCUUGACGCAAGAAGAGGCCGAAAGCGAGUUCAGGUCUGCGGGGAAGAGCAUGGAUGGCGGCUUGCUCCCUUUCUCCGACUUCUGCUCCUACGUGCGCCAGCGCGUGCAGCCGAAGCACAAUGCCAACUUCGACAAGAAGCCGGUAGCGAAGGAUGCGCAGCUGGAUACCUUGCGGAAGUCGCACGGAGAGCAGGCCACUCACGGGGAAAUGAUGAUCAAGAAAACCAUGGCGGAUUUUGACAAGUUGGAGAAGGAGAUCAAGGGCAUGAUCAAGGACAACGACCAGGUGAAGUUGAAGAAGAUGUGGAGGAAGUUGGAUUUCAAUGGCAACAACGUGGUCUCGUUGGCUGAGAUUGACAAAAUGGCAGUGGAACAGUUCCCCUUGCUGAACCACAAGCCUGCGCUCAUGAGGGCCUACAAAGCUUCCUUCGGUGAUGAGGGAGACGAGUUUAUUCAUAAGCGUGAGUUCAAGAUUCUUCUGGCCAACCUGUUCUACUUCAACAAGCUCUUCUGGCUCUUUGACCAGGUGGACCAAGACCACGAUCGGCGGAUGGAUAUCAAAGAGUUUACGUGGUGCAUGUCCAUGUGUGGCCUCAAGCUUUCCCAGCCGAAACUGGAGGCAGAGUUCAAGAAGAUCGACCAGAACGGUGGAGGCAUCAUCCUCUUCGACGAGUUCUGCCGACACCUGGACCAAGCAGUGCGAUUGGGGGGCGAAGCGCCAGGGGGCUCCAAGGCUUUACGCUCAAAGAUGUUCUGCGUCUACAUGGGCAACUGCGGCACGGACUGGUCGGUCACGAAGAACUUCUCGGAUUUGUUGCAAGGUAGCAGAGAAAGCAUGCUCGACUUCAUGGCCGCGAACUCUGCGCAUGUGGCCUCGACCAGGAUCUCCCAUGUCUUCGGUCUUCGAGGACCUAUCAACUGCUCGGACACCGCCUGUUCCUCCUCGCUGGUGGCGACCGGCGAGGCUCACAACGCCAUGCGCCCCUUGGACCCCAAGCAGUCGGAUGCCACCUGCAGCGGUGGCGAACAUUCUCUGGUCUUGGGGACCAACGCCUUGCUGGGCCCCUUUUCCUGGAUUGGUCUUUGUGGCCCGAAGAUGCUCUCGGCCAAAGGCCGAUGUUUUACCUUCGACUAUGGCGCUGAUGGCUUUGGACGCGGCGAAGGUACCAGUGGACUCUUUGCAGAGGUCACCCAUAAGGAGCCAACGGAGCGCCUUGCGAUCUUCUGCGGCACCAACAUCAACCAGGAUGGCAGGAGUGCGUCGAUGACAGCUCCCCAUGGCCCUUCACAGCAGGAGUGUAUCCGCGCAUCCCUCAAGGAAGCCAAUGUCACACCUGCAGAUAUCAGGGUGGCGGAGCUCCACGGCACGGGGACCGCUUUGGGAGAUCCCAUCGAGGUGGGCGCCCUGCGAGGCGUCAUGAAGGUGCGCGACUUGCCCAUCUUGAAGACCAGCGCUAAGUCGAACCUCGCCCAUGGCGAAGCCAACGCGGGCAUGGCAGGCUUGGUGAAGUGUGUCUUGAUGCUGAACCGGGGCACUGUUGCGCCCAAUGUGCACUUCUACAGCUUGAAUCCGCAUCUGGAUCUCAAUGGCUAUCCUUGCCAAAUCUCCGGAGAGUUGUUGGAGUUGGGCAGCACCAGCGGCUAUGCGGGUGUCUCCUCUUUCGGCUUCGGCGGCACUAACGCGCGUGCGGACGUGUGGGGGAAAGCACAGAUGGGGCAGAGAAAGGCACGGAAGCUGAACCUCAACAUGCUGGAAUAUGUCUCAGUCCGGUGUCCGAGAUGCCUUGGGAGCAUGGAGUGGAAAAGCGCUUGUGCAGUACCAUCCAAGCGGCCCAAAGGCAGCGGCUACGGCCGGCAGCCGGCCUCCUGCGUGCGGGGCGAGUUCGAUUCCUACGAAGUUUGUAGCCUUUGCUAUGAGGGCUCCUACCUGUAUGGCCAGCCUCCAGAAGCUGAAGAGGCUUUACCCAGUGGUAAGGUCUACAUCAAAGGGACCUGGACAGCCUUCGGUGACUUUGAAGAGAUGAAGUUGAAGGAUGGCGUCUUUCACUUUCAGUUUCGUCUGGGAGAAACGCGCUGUGAGCGCUUUUACCUGGCCAUGGACAAGAAGGACGACAAGGCCAUCUUCCCAUGGCAUCCGGCAGGAGGUGCGGACGUCCGCGUGAAGGGGCCCUGUCCCUUGGAAUCCGACCACUACUUCUUCAUCGAUGGCCGAGAUGAGGAGUGGCCUGAGGGAUCGCUCAUCUCCGUUGCGGCGUGGUGCGACGAGCAAAACGCACGACGGAUCAGCUGGCGCAGGGAGCCAGAGGAAGGUGGUCCGAAGGAAAUGCCCAGCUUUGCGCAUAGCUAUCAGGUCACAGGCUCCUUGACGCAGAUGAAGAUGAUCCCAAUGAAGCCGAUCAAAGGCCUCCGGAACGUCUUCGAGUAUUCCACACGCUUCGGUCUCCAAAGCCACGAGACCUUCCAGUUUGUCCGCGACUACGAUCGCAAGCAGAUCAUCUACCCUGCCAGGAAUCGACCCAAACGCACCAGCAUUCCGGUCCGCGGCCCGGACGCCGGCGGCGCCGAGAGCUUCUUCGCGGCCAGCGGCGCGCAGGGCGAGCGGCUCCUGCUGCGGCUGGAGGUGGCCGAUGGCCACGUGACGGUCUCUGCCAGCUUCUCCUCGAGCGUUCGCACUUGGCAUAGCCAGGAGGGCCGAACGCGGCGCCAGUUCUUCGUGGCAGGUACCUGGGCGGAGCCAAGUCUUCCGAUGACGCCCGACCCGGAGGAUCCCGACAGGUUCUUGGCGCAGAUGACCGUUGCUUCGAGCUAUGGCAAGGAGGAGUUCCAGAUCUGGAUGGAUGAGGAUCCCGCUCGCGCCCUCUUCCCGGAAGUGCCCAACGGUUCCAAUGGCGGUCAGCUGGUGCUGGGCCCGGAGCGUGGGACGUCGGAGAACAAGUUCCUCAUCGAUGGCUACCCAGGAGCAUCUUUCGAGAUUUGUUUGGACUUGAGGUGUAGCAACAAAUGGCACAAGGUCACCUGGCGAAAGCUCCCAGAUCAACGGGCACUGCUGUGA